UGUGGAAGAAGUCAUGUGGUCUGAAUACUUUCCAAAUGCACUGUAAUUCUCUCUCUCACUACCUUCCCACCCCUGUUUUUAGGGACCCCUUGGUGCGCCCCCAUCAAGGUGAAGCACGGUAAUGUGAGCUGUCGCAGUCCCGGCGGGGAAUACUAUGGGAACGUGAUGGGAUCGCGCUGUAAGAUCCGCUGUAAGAGGGGUUACGAGGUGCAGCAUGGACACGCAGAGGUGGUGUGUAUGGCCAGCAAACACUGGUCAGGGAGCUAUGCCUGCAGAGAGAUUCACUGUCCUAAGCUGCAGAUGCCUGCGAAUGGGGGCUAUACAUGUUCAGAUGGAUCCUACCUUAACUCCCACUGUGAGUUCUUCUGCUCCCCUGGAUACAAUCUGAAGGGGCCCAAUACUGUCACCUGCCAGUACCACAAGACCUGGACCUCAGGAGAGAGUGUCUGUGUGGAUGUUGACAUCCCAGUAAUAAAGUGUCCUAACCUGAAGGAGAAGACAGCAGAGCCAAGCAGGCUCACAGCCAGUGUGACCUGGGACACACCAGAGGGCAAGGACACAGCUGAUGGCAUCCUCACCGAUGUUAUAUUGAAAGGGAAGCCUCCUGGACACUUCCCUGAGGGUCUCCAUAAGAUGUCCUACACCGUCUACGACCGCACCGGGAAUAAGGGCAGCUGCCGCUUCUUUGUCAGAGUACGAGUGCGUCGCUGCAGCCCCAUGACCCCCCCAGACAACGGUUUUAUGAAGUGUGAUAGUGAUGGUAAUAACUAUGGAGCAACCUGUGAGUUCAAGUGUACAGGAGGGUAUGAGCUGCAGGGCAGCGCUGCGAGGGUGUGCCAGUACGGCCUCACCUGGUCUGGCACGGAAACCAACUGUGCAGCUAUGAACAUCAACGUGGGGGUGCGUACAGCCUCAGGUCUGCUGGAACAGUUCUAUGAGAAACGACGACUCCUCAUCAUCUCUGCUCCCACUGCUGCCAAUCAUUACUACAGGUUCCAGAUGACUGACCUACAGCAUGCCCAGUGUGGUCUGGACCUCAGGCAUGUGACAGUGAUUGAGCUGGUGGGGAUUUACCCCGCACAGAUCGGCCGUAUCCGCCACAGACUUAUCCCUCCAGGGCUGGCCUUACAACUCAGGUUACUGCUCCAGAUCUCCCAUAAUAACUUCAACAUGGUAAUGAUUGACAAGCAGGGGAUGGACAGGGAGCGCUACACGUACUCCAUCACCUCCGCCCAGAUCUUCACCACCAUUGACACAUGGCAGGGACGCGUAGAUGAGAUGGUGCAGCAGGAGGCAGGCCACACCUGCCAGUAGUACAACAGCAUAACAACGCCCUCACCCCAAAUAAUCCCCCUGCCCCCAACCAGAAUCAUAGUGGGGCCAGGUUUUACAACUGCUGCCAUGUUAGCAUCUUCAUUCUUGCUGUAAACAAUCACAACAGAGCAGUGUUUUAUGUUUAACAACAGACAUUUUUAUUUGGGAUAAUUAUGUGUCUCCAUGUCUGUACUGUGUUGUGGUCUCAACAAAUUGCAUAUCUGCUUUCACUGGACAUCUUCACAGGUUUAGAAAACUUUCAGCAUAACUUGAAAGCGUCAAUAUUCACUUAGCAACGGCUAUGGAAGAGAAA